CUCCUUCUUCCCCCAUCUCCCUCCUCUUUCCUCUCCCUCCUGUCCCUCCCCCUGGUCCCUGGAAGCUCAGAGAUUGGCCCCAGUUUGCCCUGCUGAUCCAAGAGAGGCACUGGACAGGUCAUCAGCUCUCCCUCCUCCCUGGAAAUCCCCUCUCGGAUGCCCGGGUCCACUAGCCACACCAGGCCUGCGACGUCUCCUUUCCCACGAGGGAAAGACGAGGACGAGAAGUGGAAAGUUUUUCUUCCCAAGUCCUGCUCUGCACCCUGGGUCCCCGGCAUCCCCCAGUGGGCUACCUUUUGGCCACCACGGAAGAUUCCGGAGCCAUGGACAGUAGCAGUCUCCGGCCACAGCUGGACGCAGCUGGAUUCCUCCACAUCUGGAAGCGCUUCGACACCGAUGGUCAGUGUCCGGAUAAUGGUUACAUAGAAGGCAAAGAACUUGAUGCUUUCUUCCACCACCUGCUGAAGAAACUGUGCCCUACUGAUGAGGAAGCGGGAGAAAAGCUUCAGAAGAUAAAAGACCAGUUCAUGGCCACCUACGAUGUGUCUGCUGAUGGACGUUUGGAAAUUCAAGAACUUGCCAACAUGGUUCUGCCAGAAGAUGAGAACUUCCUCCUGCUCUUUCGCCGGGAAACACCCCUGGACAACAGCGUGGAGUUCAUGCAGAUUUGGCGUAAAUAUGAUGCCGACAGCAGUGGAUUUAUCUCGGCCACUGAGCUCCGGGACUUCCUGCGCGAUCUCCUCCUGCAGCACAAGAAGGCCAUUUCAGCGGCCAAGCUGGACAACUACACGGACACGAUGAUGAAGAUCUUUGACAAGAACGAAGAUGGCCGGCUGGAUCUCAAUGACUUGGCCAGGAUUCUGGCUCUUCAGGAAAACUUCCUGCUCCAAUUUCAGAUGGACGCCUGUACCACAGAAGAGCGCAAGAGAGACUUUGAGAAAAUCUUUGCCCACUAUGACGUCAGCCAAACCGGGGCACUGGAGGGACCGGAGGUGGAUGGCUUUGUCAAGGAUAUGAUGGAGCUCGUCAAGCCCAGCAUUAGUGGCGUGGACCUGGAUAAGUUUCGGGAGAUUCUGCUGCGCCACUGCGACGUCAACAGAGACGGGAAGAUCCAAAAGACGGAACUGGCUCUCUGCCUGGGGUUAAAAGUCACCCCUUAGGCACCGGCGUCUGGGUAGCAGGAGGGUAUCCGUGGUGGCGACGGCUUCUGUGUUGGCGAUGAUGUGGGCGUGGGUAUGAACGUCGGUGCUGGUGUUGGCGUGGACGCCCGUUUGGACCGGAGAGCUUUAUCAUUCCUGUGCGCUCCUGCCCGUAGAAACAUGUCCGCUAAGCCUAGCUAGCGGUUGAGCUUCCCGGUGAAUGUGCUUUGGCAAAGGAGGGGUACGGGCAGGGGCCGGAUCUGCCCAAUCUCCUGCUUCCUCAGAACCCCCCACCACCACCUCCCUGCCCUCUCCGACCCUGGGGAGGCCAAUACAGCACCUAGGCGGGUGGCAGGCUCAAAGCUGGUCCGGAGGAGAGCUCCUAGUCCAGUCGGACCCUCCUUCUGCUGUCUCCGAGGGGGUUCCUGACCCCCCAGGUGUCCCCUCCAGGUGGUACCAAUGCCCAGGUGGUUCUGACAGUGUCCCCAUCCAGUGCAAUCUGUCUUAUUAAGUGUGUGUACAAAUAGGAUGCUCGUUGGUGUCAAAAUAAACCUUCAAAUUGGAACAGA